CGUCUUUUUAAAUGUGCUGAUCCCCCGACGCCCUGCCACAGCACGCUGCACCCCCUAUCGCCAUCUAGACAUCUUCGUCUGCACUUCGUCGCGUCGCUCGUUUGGAUCUUCUCCCAUUCCCGGAUCUACGCUGCCCAAGAUGAUGCUACCGUCAACUGGAGGUCGGAGCCCGUUGCUCGCGCUCUCGGUGAGCGCUGGCUGUGUCCUGGUAUUCAUCUUCGCCUUCAUGGCUUGGCAGAGUCCACCCCGGGUGACUUUCCCACAUGGCCAGUCCAACUUAGCAGCAGCCAGCGCGCAGACCGACUCGACCAUUGGCGAUGUCAUCAAGCUGUUGUACCAGAACUUGAAGGUAUCACCAACUGAGCCCUUCAUUCGCGAACCCAAUGGCAGCCACAUUACAUUGCCACCAAACCCGCGCUACAAGAAGAACCUAGGCAGCGACGUCCUGAUUCUGGAUCUGGAGACCCGCCCCCUCAAGUCUACUGCGGAAUACGAAAAAGGCGAAUACGAUUGGCGCAACAUCAACCACGUUUCUGGUGGCAUUUUCAACCACUACACGUAUGCGCUCGUCCAUGGCUAUGACUACAAGUUCGUCCAAGCCCGCGAGUUCGAAGACCGACACGCCACCUGGAUCAAGCCCUCUGCACUUGCAAACCACAUCAAGGACUACAAGUUCAUCAUCUUCCUCGACGCCGAUGCUGCUUUCCGCUUCCUGCACGUCCCUGUCGAAUGGAUGCUCAACCACUGGGACGUAAAGCCGCACCAUUCGUUCGUCAUGGCCAAAGACCCUUGGAGCGCAAAAGAGCCCCAAUACAACUCCGACCGCUUCAACCGCACCUACACCAACACCGGCUUCAUGAUUGUCCAGAACAACGAACAAACCCUGCCCAUUUUGAAGGCAUGGCACGAGUGCCCCGACGACACCCGUUACGCAAAUUGCUCACAAUGGAAACAACCCCGCUUCCACGAGCAAUCCGCUUUCGGCGAGUACAUCCGCUACGACUACGAGCAAUACAUCAAGGAGCUUGAGUGCGGAGAGGCCAAUGGCUUCCCCGGUGUCGAAGUCAGCAACUGCCAGGGCAAGCUCAUCCGCCACUACUGGUUCGAGAAGAGCAACGUCAAGAUGGACUUCCGCGAAAACAUCAUGAACGCACUCACGCUUCCGAUACAAAAGAUCUUCGCCCAGAAUACGAGUGGCGUUGUUUACCAGCAGGAAGAGAAUGUCAUACUACAAUAGCAACGGCUUGCUCUACUGGCAAAGCAAAGAUAAUACGUUUACGAAGAAAGAGGCAAGGGCUUAUCGCAUAGCAUAGCGUUGCAUUACCAAGGCGUUUUCCAAAUUUGGGAUGGGGGAAUUCAUUGUUAUCAUGUUUUCGGUUUUGGUUUGGUUCGGUUCGGGCUGGGUGGUUUUCGCCCCGAUUCAUUGUACCGUCGCACUUUCGAUCUGGGUCUUCCGACGCGAUGAUACCCCAAUACGAGUCUCCAGUUCACACAAUCAAUAUUAUUCACACAAG